AUGGAUCUUCUUCCCGAGCAGUCGCUGGCCUGUCUCGACCACCGUCUCGGUCACCCGGUCUGGAUGCCAUGGCUCCCGUCCUCGAGACCAGAGAUAGUCCGAAACGGCCGCGGGGAUCGCAGUGUUCUGCUGCAGACUCCGCCGGAACGGCUGGACGAGGAUCAGAAACUGCGCCACAAGCUGAGCGACUUCGGGCAGGAGGAACCGCGCCGGCCAGCGAGAAGCAUUAAUCAGGUUCAUCGACUUAUGGUACUGGAGGAUGAAGAGCAUCUGCCCGUCAUGGAGAUAUAG